CUGAGGGCAGCCGUGGCUGGGCAGCGGCGCCAUUGGCGGAGCGUGUGUGCGGGCCCGGGAGCGGCGGCAGCGGCCGGAGCGCGGUGAGGCGGCGGCGGAGCUCGGAGGCGGCCGCAGCGCAGGGCGUGUCUAGAUGGAGAAGGAGGAAAAGCCCUGGAGAUCCCACACAAGGAGUGGCAAACCCAGCCCAGGGAGCUGUGAGGAGCAAAGAGCCCCUCUGAGCCAGGAAGGCGGCCGGAGAUCCAACUGGAGCUCAGAGCUGGUGGAAAAGCCUCUUGGCAGGGAGAAGCCCCACAAGUGCUUGGAAUGUGGGAAGGGUUUUAGUCGGAGCUUAGACCUGAUCAAGCACCAGGUGAUCCACACUGGGGAACGGCCCUACGAGUGUGAGGAGUGUGGGAAGCGUUUCAGCCGGAGCUCCAGCCUGAGGCGGCACCAGGUGAUCCACACUGGGGAGCGGCCCUUUGAGUGUGAGGAGUGUGGGAAGAGCUUCAGGCAGAGGGACCAACUGAUGCAACACCAGAGGAUCCACACCCGGGACCGGCCUUACGAGUGUGGGGAGUGUGGGGUGAGCUUCAGGCAGAGGGGGAGCCUGAUGCAACACCAGCGGAUCCACACUGGGGAAAAACCCUAUGAGUGUGGGGAAUGUGGGAAGUGCUUCAGCCAGAGCAGUAGCCUGAUCCGGCACGAGGUUAUCCACACCAGGGAACGGCCCUACACCUGCUUGGAAUGUGGGAAGAGCUUUGGAUGGAUCUCCGCCCUGAGUAAACACCAGCGCAUCCACACUGGGGAGAGACCCUACGAGUGUCCCCACUGUGGGAAGAGGUUUCAGACCAGCUCUGAUCUCCUCAUACAUCAGCGGAUUCACACGGAGGAGAGGCCCUUCCGCUGCCCCGACUGUGGGAAGGGAUUCAAGCACAACUCCACCCUCAUCACCCACCGGCGCAUCCACACUGGGGAGAGGCCCUACGAGUGUGAUAAAUGCAGGAAGAGGUUUAAGACCAGCUCCUAUCUCCUCCAGCACUAUCGGAUUCACACAGAGGAGAGGCCCUUCCUAUGCCCCGACUGUGGGAAGGGAUUCAAGCACAACUCCACCCCCUCAUCACCCACCGGCGGCGCCAUCCACACUGGGAGAGGCCCUACGAGUGUCCCCAGUGUGGGAAGAGCUUCUCCAGGAGCUCUACCUUGA